AAGUGAUUGUGAAUUGUGAUUUUCCUGUGAACUUCUGCUUGUUUUGUCUCCGAUAUGGUCAUGUUAUUCGUGUGCCCGCUAGUGGGAGGUUUAUAAACGCUAGCACAUGUCGACAUGUUAUUGAUAGAACCGGUUCGUUUGAGUGACCCUGCUAGUGGGGAUUAUACACCAGCAAAUUCUGUAGCCUGCCAGUGGGAGGUUUAUAACACUGGCCAUGACCUAUAAAGGAGACGUCUAUUUCGUGCCCGUACUGUAUCUGUUUUCAUGAUUACACUUGUUGGCAUGCUAUGGGUUUAAUUGACGAUUUGACAUUGAAUGCUUUGCAAGUGAACUGAAUCUGAUUUUGCAUUGACGGUUUUGUCAUUGAACGUUUUGCUAUUGAACCGAAUUUGAUUUCUGCAUUUACAGUUUAUUAGUGAAAAUUCUGUUAUACUUACAAGGUUUAUCUGGCAUGCUUACAUUUUUACCCAGGGGCUAUCCAUAUUUACUUACUGAGUUAUCUCAUAGUUUUCCUUGUCCACCAUUUCAGGAAGUGAAACCGGGGACGGGGAAACCACGGGAAGUGACGAGUUAGAAGGCUAGCCAUUUCGGGAUUGAUAUAGAUUUUAGAAAUAAAUCAUGUUUUGUAAGAUAGAUGUUACCUUGAGAUUUUAAGUUUAAGUCAUGCUGGACAUAGAAUUAUUGAAAUAUCUUAUUUAAGUGAUUGGAUCGUCAGAUGUGAAGUGGAUAAGUUCCGAGCCUUGUGCAUUUGUGGGACCCUCUCACGAGUGCACGGCGUCUGUCGCGCCUCGAAUUCGGGUUUUGGGGCGUGACAACAUGCAAUAACACUCAACAAAUUAGUUUUGAAAGCAUAUUAAUCCAUAAUUUAUAUUGAUUGAUUAUGGUAAAGUCGAUGCCUUAAUACC